UGAUUCAUUCAAGGCUUUUUCCGAAAUAAACCCCCUCUACACAUAAAUGGCUUUAUUGGUAGUAAAACUACUUCUUACAAUUAAUACUGUUAUAGUCCAUGCUGUUAGUAUUCUUGUUUCUUAAAGCUAUAGUCAUGUCUAGAUUUGUUCAUAAUAGACUGAUCGGCUGUUAAAUACAUUUGCUAUAAUUAUACAUGUUAGACACAUUUGUACUCUACAUUGAUUCAUAGCUCUAGCAUAUCGGACAUUAAUAAUUAUUCGCAACUAGUUUCACAUCAAAACGUAUAUUCAUAAAAUAGUGUUAGUUUAUUCUUCAUAGAUAUAAAAGCAUUUGCAGCUUGCAAGAGCAAAUUUAGUCUUUAUUUUUAUAUUUACAACGUCGGAUUUAGUUUUCCGCAAAUUGUGCGCGAUCGCUAAUUUAGAAAUUAUAUUUCUAUUCAUUCGUAUUUGGGGGUGCAUAUUGUGUACUUUGUGAUUUAUUUUUUUCUAAACAAAAAGUCAUUUCCUCCAUUCAUUCCUUCAAAGUCAUUUGGCGAUGUGCUAAAAGUAUAAGUUUCGUUGAUUAAAACGUGAAUCUUACAGUUUGUGGAUAGAAAUUUGAUGUUGAUACAGACAACAAGUCAUAGACUCUGGUGAAAAAUAAAGAUAUAUAAAUAAUAUUGAAAACAAAAAUGCCGUUUAAUAAUAUAACAGACGAGGAGCAAUCAGAUAUAAUGAUCGCAUCCAAAAAUAAUAAUAAUAGCAGUGAAAAGCAAAUUCAUGAGGAUCUAAAUAGUGGCAACAGUUCAUCGGGUGUAUCGGAAGAUGAAGAACACGAUUACGAUAGUGCAGUUGUGAAUAAAAUUAAAUCGGUGCAAAAUUUGAAAAUGUCUGGUGCUGAAAGUGACAGAUUGUUAUCAUUGCCAAGCAAGAAUCAUGAGAAAUUUCUUCGUACUUUAUUUGAUAAUGUUUUGGACAAAGCUAUUUUUGAUGGAACAAAACGUGAGAAUAAGGUGCUUGAGUGGACAGAUCCAGAGGAGCUUCAGAAAAAGCUUAAUAUGGACUUGAAAGAUGAUCCCGAUUCCGAUGAGACACUCUUGAAAUUAGCCAACGAUACAAUCAAAUAUUCUGUAAAGACAGGACAUCCAUACUUUGUGAAUCAAUUGUUCUCAUGCGUUGAUCCUUACGGAUUUGCUGGACAACUUAUUACAGAUGCAUUAAAUCCAAGUGUAUAUACGUAUGAAGUAUCUCCAGUUUUUAUUCUAAUGGAAGAAGUCGUCCUUAAAGAAAUGAGAGAAAUUGUCGGUUACAAAAAUGGUGAAGGCGAUGGAAUUUUCUGUCCAGGCGGGUCAUUAGCAAAUGGAUACUCUAUCUCAUGUGCUAGAUAUCAUGCAUUUCCGGACGUAAAGGCUAAAGGCUUACAUAGCUUGCCAAGACUUGUUUUAUUUACAUCAGCCGACGCACAUUAUUCAGUGAAAAAGUUGGCAUCAUUUAUGGGAAUCGGAACUGAUAAUGUGUAUUUAAUCAGAACAGACGAAUGUGGUAAAAUGGACAUGAGUCAUUUAGAAAGCGAAAUUUUACGUGCUAAAGAAGAAAACGCAUUGCCAUUCAUGGUUUCGGCAACAGCUGGUACGACUGUGCUAGGUGCUUUUGACCCCCUCGAAAAGAUUGCUGAUUUGUGUGAGAAAUACAAUUUAUGGAUGCACGUUGAUGCUGCAUGGGGAGGUGGUGCUCUUAUGUCUCAAAAAUAUAAAAAACUUUUAAAAGGCAUUGAAAGAUCGGACUCAGUGACAUGGAAUCCCCAUAAAAUGUUGGCCUGUCCACAACAAUGCUCCACAUUCCUUUGCCGACAUGAAGGUAUUUUAUCAGAAUGUCAUUCAUCGAAUGCAGCAUACCUGUUUCAGAAAGAUAAAUUUUAUGACACAAAAUACGAUACUGGUGAUAAGCACAUACAAUGUGGACGACGUGCUGAUGUUUACAAGUUCUGGUACAUGUGGCGUGCAAAGGGAACAAAAGGUUUUGAGAAGCAUGUCGAUCAAAUCUUUGAAAAGGCAGAAUAUUUCACGGAACUUAUAAAGAACCGAGAAGGAUUUGAACUUAUUGCCGAGCCUGAAUGCACAAACAUUUGUUUCUGGUAUAUUCCAAAGAAAUUAAGAAAUCUUCCACGUGACGAUCAGUUUAAUCAAGAAUUACAUAAAAUUGCACCAAAGGUUAAAGAGAGAAUGAUGAAAGAAGGCAGCAUGAUGAUCACAUACCAACCACUCAAUUCUAAGCCAAACUUCUUCCGUCUCGUCUUGCAAGAUUCAUCACUCACCAAGCAAGACAUGAUGCAUUUCGUUGAUAUCAUUGUUAAAUACAGUGAAGAGCUUUAAACUUUCACAAUCAGGGCUUGUUGCAAUAAAACCUGAACAUUAUUUAAGCAAUUCAUACAACUCGGAAGCAAUACAAUUUAUUGCAAAAAUGACCAACUUCAAUGACAUACAUAAAGAAAACAAUCUGUAUUAGUUACGUUAUGUAUGGACAUGAACUUGAAAAAAAUAUAUAUAUAAUAUAAAUCUAGUGUACUCUAUUUAUGUAAUUUAUAUCGGAACUAGAAUUCAGUUACUUUGGUAUCAAAGCUUUGAAGUUUAAAUGGAAGCUGGGCCCUUCACACAUUAUUAUUAUUAUGUUGUCCGCUCUGAUCCGAGUGGAAUCUGUGGUAUCGAAACAUAUAUAGGCGAAUCUGUCAGUUCAAGAAUUAGGCCUUUAUCGCGUGAGUGGUAAAACAACACACCGAAAAUUUGUUACCCUUUUCUGUGAGCACGUGGGUUCAAUUCCCACCAGUGUCGGUCUCUUAAUCAUUAUUAUAGUCUUGUCGAUAUGACAAGGAUUCUUACAAUGCUAGGACUAAGAUUCAGAACCCAAAAAACAUGCUGAAUAUAGUUCCAACCAAGUCUUUUCAGCUUUUAAUCUCUAUUUGAUUAAGGAUUAGAAACAGGAAAGUUUUCAUUCGAACUUUCAGUGAUGAAAUUAUUGUUUAUUCUUCAAUCUUCCAUUCAAAGGGAAAAGACUCUUUGUCAGUCCUUAAACCAGUUGUUUAAUUGUACCUUCUAGAUUAUGAAUUAAAGAAUCCAUAUAAUUCUCCAUUUUGAUCACAACGAAAACAAGAACAAUAGAGUACAUCACAUUCAAUUCUAGAGAAUGCCAAAUCUCAAAAUUCACAACCUGUAAAUCUUAUAAAUCUGUAAUAAAAUUUGAAUAAAGCACAAAUAAAUUAAUAUUUUUUUAAAGGGAAAUUCUUCCGAUCCUUUAUUAUUGUUCUGAGCCGAUGGAAUUCAUAUUGUGUCGAAUUGGAAGAACUAUAAAUUGAUAAUAAAUUAUUAUUUUAAUAAAAACAGUUUAUUUAAAUAAUAAGGAAGUAAAUUUCAGUGAGGAAAUGAUAAUCAUCGAGACAACAACAAAAAAAAAUGAUUUAUGGCUUCUUCAUCGACCACACUAAGUAAAUUCAGUGAUAGAAUUGUCUUUGAUAAAGGAUUUUUUUAACUAUUCUUUUUAUGUACAGGAAUAAUAUACAGUAACUUUCAGUAUUAAUGUGAUUUUUUUAUGGAAGGGUUUUUGGACAAUUUUGGAAGAUAAUAUUCGUUGAAUGUCAGCUGCUUUAAUUGUUCAAAACCACUUGCUUGAGCAUUCAAUUGUCCAUAAUUGCUCACACUGUCCACACAAUUCACUUUAUAAUGUUUCUUAGCAGCUUUCAAACACAACAACAACUUUUAUGGAUGCUUCUUGAUGAUUCUUUUUUUAGAGAGAAAUAAUAUCACAACCGCCAUUAUUUAUCGAUAUUGUCUCUUUUUUGUUUGCACAUUUCUAAUUACGAAAUUAUUAUUAUUAUUUUUUGAUACUUGAUAAGUCUAUAUUGAUGAUAAUCUGACGAGUGCGAGAAGCAUAUACAACGAAAUACUAGGACAUCGAGGAUUUUUAACGACCUCAAUUCAUCACUAAUCAAUUUGUUUUAAAUUGUUCAUAAAUAAGUUCAUUUAUAUGUUAUUAUAUUAUAGAGCAGAAUCAAAUGCACUAAUAUUAUUCACUAAUCUCUUCUCCGUUUUCUCCAUUAUUUUUUUCGAAAAACUCUAAAGCGCCGAAACCGCAUUCAUGCUUGUUUUACAAUCAACAAUUUUCUUAUCGUCAUCAUUAACAAAUGUAAUUCCUAGCGACAUCAACCAUUCCACGCAUGUUAUGAGAUCACUAAAUGCCAAUGUUUCUUUAAUAAACUCGCUGCUUAUGUUUGGUCGAUAGCUAAAUAUUUAAUGAAAUAAAGAGUUAAAUUUUGAUUUUUUUUUUUCUUAAAAAUUAAAAUAAAAUUGGAUAAAACUUAAAAGGGGAAAAGAUUUCACUGAAAAAGAAUUAAUUAGUUGAUAAUUUUCAUGCAAAUCUUUUUUUUUUGUGGAUAUUGGUCGGUAGUCCCUCAUUCUAGCCCCAUUCACCAUUAAUAAAUUUAAUACUUAAUAAUACAAUGAGAAGUGAAACUUCUUUAAAGCACUCAUUAACAUACACUUUGAUGAUCCAAUUUUUCAAUGCUAACUUCCGCUCGCGCUCGACAAACCAAUCGAUUAUGAAUCCACUCAUUUUCGGUGAUUUCCUGUAAAGUUGGAAGAAUCUCGAGUAGUUAUUAAGAGCCCAAACUGAACGCAGUUUCAAUGCAUGUGCUAUACAUUCACUGCUCCUCUCCUCAACUGACAGUGAUUUAAGAAAAGUAACUUACCAAGAGUAUUUUUUGUGAAAAUAUAAUAUAAGACUCGAUAUGCCAGGAAUUCUAGCUGAUUUUCACCGCCAAUCUCAUUGUAGAGCAUUUUGAGUUGUGUUUGGCACUGAUUAAACUCUUCGUGAUCUCCUUUCUCCAUUGCAAUUCUAAUAAGGUAUAGAUAAUUUAUUAAUUAAGCAUUAAAAUAUAUUAAAACUAGCUGUUCUUACCUUGCAUGAGUCUCAUAGACUUUGACGGUGAAUUCAUCUCUUAUUCCUUGAACAGUCAAGUCCUGUCUAAUCGAUUUGAGUUGAUCGCAGGCAUAGUAGUAAUCUUGUUUCUCUUUCCAUUUGUUCUGGACAUUUGUUAAUGAGUAUUGAAGGACGUCCGUUGGACGAACUUCAGAUGCAUCUGGUGCUUUUGUGAGUCUCAAAAAAGACUUUUCUAGAUCUCGACAGGUGCCAACAAUGUGCAAGUUCAUAAAAUCGAUAGAGUCAUCGACAGAAUCGUCAACAACGGGAUUAAAGUAUGAAGGCAUUGUAAGUCGUUUCUUAUUGAACGACGAACUAGCUGUUGGUGAUGAUUUUGCCUUAACAUUGAACCUAUCAGCCCUUUUUUUGAGUCUUUCAGUAUCUGCUGAAUCAACAAAACCUCCAACUUGAUUGGCACCAAAUUUACUGUAGAAUGCAGAUUGUUUUUCUUUCUUUGCCUUUUUCUUGCUAGCUUUAGUAGCUGGCUUAAUGCUGUUUGUGUAUUUAUCUUCAUAAUCAUCAUCUUCAUCACUUCGUCGCUUUUUAAUUGGACUAUUACUCCUUGAUCGAGAGCUUGACGAUGAUCGUCGCUUUUUUGAGGUCUUUCCAAAACGAUCCUCAAAUGACGAUGGUCUUUUAGACGUGCUCGGUGAUUGCUGUUGAUAUUUAGCUAAUUGUCCUGCAACAACAUUCUUAUUUUUAUUAAACAUGUUAUUUGCAGGCUUUUGGGGAGACGUUUGCUGUUGUAAACGAUCACUAUGAAGCACUGGCAUUGGUUCCUUGUCCCAAUCUUUUGUAAAAAGUUCGCCACGAUUUGCUGCCAUUGUAAUUUUCCCUUUUAAGCUAAUUUCACACAUAUCCUUGUCAAUUGGAGUCGUGCAUUUCAUGUAGCAACGAGCAACAUAAUUAUACAAAGAUUCUGGCCAUUCCAUAACAGGUUUUUCACCAGUUUGACUGAGAUUAUCGGAGAUUGAGUCGCUGAUUUUCGCUGUAUCAUUAUUAAUUUGAUUUGACGAAAAAUCUUGAGACUGAUUACUCUGUCCCUGUGAAGAUUGUGUUGGAACUGGCGGUGGUGGUUUUGCAAAACUAAUUGGAGGUGGUAAUGGCGGUUGCAUUGAGAUAUUAUUACUGUUAUAUCCAUUAUCCUCAUAAUUACUAUUAUUAUUGUUAUUAUUCUUAUUUUUAUUCUUCUUUUUAUUUUUACGCUUUUUAGCAUUCGAGUUUUGGAAAGCAUUCAUCAUGUUCUGAUUAGGCUUAUUGUUCAUGAAUGAAUUGUUCAUCAUAUUAUUAUUACUAUUAUUAUUAUUUUGAUGCUGUUGUUGUUGUUGUUGUCGCAUAAUUGGAUUAACUUUCGUACCUUGCUUAUUUAUAUUAAAUCGUAUUGGUUUAUUAAAUAAACUAUUUGGCGAUUGAUUAUUAAAGUUUGGUGGACGAAAGAAGCCACCAGCAUUUGACAUUUGUUGCAAUUGCAUUCUACUCGCAUAUUGUUGUAUGUGAUUCAUAUAUGACGGAUAAGAUGGAGUUGAAGUGAAAUUGGGAGGUGGUUGUGAGAAUAAGUUUGAUUUCUGGCCAAAAUUUUGACCCAUUAAUGGCGGAAUUUUGGGCUCAUGAGCCUCAGAUAAAUCUGAAUCCAUCACUGAUAUUUUUUUUGAACUUCCGGAAAGCACUGUUUUUACUCUUUAUUUUUUGACGAUUUUCUCACCUUUUUUGAUAAUUUCCUUUGCAAACUUGUACAAAUUACGAUUCUUUAAGUCUUUAUAAACACAAUUAAGGAUAAUUAACUCAUUAAUAACCACUUUAAAUCGUUUAAUUCGAUUAAUUAAAAUAAUUUUCGCUUUACAAUGAAUGGAGCAAAAUGAAAUUU